UAUCUGUUCGAUUUUAUUCUCCUUUGAAUGUUAGCUCUUCGAAACAUCACUCUCAUACAAGUACGCGCAUACUAAGAAGUGUGGGAGAGGUGUACGGACACGCUUUUCUUUGCUAUCUUCGAACACGCUUCUAUCUUCCAUCUCAGGCUCGUGUGGCAUUUGAUUUUGUCUUCGCUCCGUUGUGAUUCAGCUCCUUUGCAAUUACAUUGUUGUUGUCUGCAUUGGAUUGAUGGAUACUAACUUACUGAAGCUUGGCAAAGAUUGCGUGUAUAUGUUGGGUGUUUAGACCAGGAAACAAACAACAAAAAAGGAGGCUACUCGCUGUGGGUUUAAUGUUUGUGCAAUUUCCAGAAAAUUAAUGUUGCUAAUAUUUUGAGUAACGAGCAAGUGAAAAUGGAAGCACUUACCUCAAGCAUUUCACAUGGUGAUGAUGAGCAAAGGGACUUGGAGCAGUUGCUUGAUGCAUUUGGUUCAGUGGUGUCUCUCAAGGAUAUAGCCCAUGCUUAUUGUCAAGCAGGCCGCCACUUAGAUACUGCUGGUGAAAUACUAUGCAAAAUCCAGGGAAGCACAUCCAGUGCCUCAACGCAUGCCUCAAAGGAUGAACCAGAGCAUCUAAGCAAGCCUUCGGAAUGGUCUGGCGACAAUUUAUCCGACAAGUCAAGAUUUGCUGAAAGAAAUUUCAUCACAUCUAGGAGUAAAAAUUAUUCAGCCUCCAUGGGUACUGUGUCAAGUGUAAUUGGAAGAGAAUAUGCUAGAGCCAGGCCCUCUGCAAAUGAAGUUUCUAAAGUGUCCAAACCAUUGAAAUUGAAUUCAGAAGAUUUUCCUGUCUCUGAGAUUUGGGGUGAACAAGUUUCAUCAAAUGCAAGAGCUUCGGUUGAAAGAAUGUGUGAGGACAUUGAGGAAUUUCUAUUUAAGAUGCUUGGAGAUGGCUGUCAAUUUGACAGGAAGGUUAUUCAAGACGUUCUUGGCUGCUGUGGAUAUGACAUAAAAAAGAGCAUGGAGAAGCUUCUGGACCUUUCAGCAUCCACUUUGAAGAAGUCUGAUGAUGUUUUAUGCAUGGAUACUCAAAAGCCUACAGAUCCAGAGUGUCUUUCAUUUGACAAAAAACCACAAUACGUAAAUUCAUCCAGAAGCAGUAAAGAUAGAUUAAUGCCUAGAAAUAAAUCUCCCAAUAGAAACAAAGACAGAUAUGAUCUCCAGAGGGAGGUGUUAGAAGCAUUGUUCAAUGUUCCUGCAAGAUCUGAAGAAGCACCAAAAAGAACUAUCCCUGCGAAAGGCUUUAGAGUAUCAAGAGGCUCCAGUCGGGUUGUAGUUGAACCAUUAAGUGAAGCUGCAACUGAAUGUAACACCACUGUUGCAAAAUUGCUUGUGACUGGGAAUGAAAAUGAAGAUGACAAUGAUAGCUAUCAGGUCCUGCGCAAAGCUGUAAAGGAAUAUUGGAUGAUAAUGAAAGAAUACUAUAAAGCUGCUGUUGAUGCAUUUGGCAAGGGGGAACAUGCACGAGCACACAAACUUCUUGAAGAGGGUCAUUUCUUCAAGAUAAAGGCGUGCGAAGCAGAUGAAAAAUCUACUCAGAAGUUUCUUGAAGCAAGAGAGGAGGAAAUGUCCCUUGACCUGCAUGAAUAUGAACCAAAAGAAGCAAUGCGCCUUUUAAGACUUCAUUUAACUUCUCUUUCUGGCAUCCCAAGUAGCAAUUCAAUAUCUAAAAGUCAUAGUAGGUACUGGCGUUGAGGAUACAAAAGCAGCACGGCGGAAACGACUGGUUACGAAGCUUCUGGAUGGAGAAUCCAUCAAAUGGAGUGAGGAAAACAAUGGUCAAACAAUAGUGAUCAAACUAGAUGAGAUUGACCCAAAAUGUUUGAGUUUUGCCAACAAAUGAGUGGCAAGUUAAUACAACUUAUGACUUGAGGUUAAAUGUAAUCUGAAACUUUUGUGACCCGUCUUGUCAUCAACUGGAAGAGAAGCCAUUGAGCUUGGCCCCUGUUGCUUUCCUGGAGCCCAUUUGAACAUAGAAAUUAAAGUAUAGAUUGCUGGAGCUCUCUUUGGUUGUUGAAACUUUCAAUGAUCAAAAUGUUACAUGAAGAUUGCCUAUCUAGAUGUUGGUCUCUUUAGAAUUGGGCUAUGAAGCCUUCCUUAGGGUUGUCAAUUUACAUCAGAUAUCAAAAGACUUUGGAGGAGGCUAAGCCUUUGUCUUGCUAUCGUAAUUGUCUUGACCGGUGUUUCUUAUAAUAUUAUCGACUAUUGUGGAUUCAUGUUAUUGACUAUCAACCUUAAACAGGUUC